AUGAGGUCUUUAAAUUCAAUUUUAUCAGUAUUUUUGGUUUUGAUAGUAUUGAUUUUUGUAGGGUUUGUACAUGGGAUUAAUGAGAGCCCUGAUUUGUUAAAAUUGGUUUCAGAUAAGAAAAUGUAUGAUGAAUGGCUUAAAACAAUGACAGUAAGUGAGGAGGUAAUUUUGGAGAGAUUUAACACUCUUCUUGGGAUUAUUGAUUUGAAUAAAGACGGAGUUUUGGAUAAGGAUGAAUUAACAAAGUGGAUAAGAUUUGUAUCAGAAAGAUCCAGCUUAAAAGAAGUUGAGGCUGAAUUUAAGAUUUUGGAUAAGGAUAAGGAUGGGAAGAUAUCGAGUGAAGAAUUUGUCAACCAUUUUAUUUCUGGGGAUGAUGAGGCUUCUUCUAAGGAAAAAUUAGAGUUGGAGAAGUUUUAUCAAGAAUUAUUUAAAGAGGUGGAUUCUGACAAAGAUGGAUAUUUGAACGUUGAGGACUAUUAUUACUUGACAAAUUACUAUAACUUAUCAAAAGAGCUAUUUAUUAAAGUCAACAGCUUUUUGUCUCAAAAUGAUAAGAACGGUGAUGGAGUGAUAGAUAAAGAAGAGAUCAAACAGAUUAAAGAGGAAAAUGCUGAGGUUAUUACCGGUGAUCCUGACAAGCUUGUCAUCUUUGGGGUUGACAUGUCAAAUGAGAAUGAGCUCUCUGUAAAGAAGAUUAUUUUUUCACUAAGAUCCCAGGAAAUUCAGGACGCAAUUACGGAUGCUUAUCAUCAAUUAGUAGAUGUAUAUAAUACUAGAAAAGAUGCAAAAGCAGAAGAUCCGAAAUCUUCUUCAAUACCUAUAGAUUUUGUAAGAUCCAACCAUAUUGUUUAUAUUCAAUCAAUAUUGGCAGAUUAUGGAGACGUUUUCAAAUAUCCACACGAUAUUUUUGUUGGAGUACAUGACAAGGAUUAUGAUUUAUCCAGUGAAAAGUGUACUGAGUUAUUUGGUGAAAAUGAAAGACCUGAGAAUUCUGAUGAAGAAAAUGAGUUUGAUCAUGACGAUUUUGAAACUGAUGACAACAAUCCAAAUGAUGAUGUUGAAAUUUCAGAUGAUAUGAUUCAAAGACUUAUUUCUCUAAUGGGUAACUCUGGACUUGGAGACAUUGAUGAUGGAAGUAGAAGCAUGUUUGAUGUAUUUGCUCAUAAAGCAGAGAGAGAGGAGGGAGGGGAUCUUGCAGGUAUGGAGGAAAUUCUUAAGAUGUUGCAAUCACUUAUUGGCUCUAAGAUGGGAGAUAAUGCUCCAAUUCCAGAAGAUCAUGAAAAUGAUAUUCCAGAUCAUGAAGAUGAUAUUCCAGAUCAUGAAGAUGAUCAAGAGUUUUCUUCAUCUAAAAUUAAAGACGAAUUAUAA